AUGGCCGAAGCAUUCGGAGCUGCAGUCAGUGUUCUGACUCUGUUAGAGCAGACAAUACAGACCAUCUCGAAGCUGAGGGCUCUCCGGCUGUUCAUCAAGACGAUUCCUGGAGAACUGGAAGAUCUCAUUGAAGAGAUCGAGAUUGUUCAAGCAAUUCUGAUCGCCCUAAAACCAGAAGCUCCGAAGAUUCUUUAUCUCCCGUCUGCUGAACGUCGACUGCAUGCGUUUCAGACGAGCCUGGAGUUGCUUAUAUUGGAGAUAUCAAAACACAAGGGCACCGUCACUGGUCAGCGAUUCGGGGCGUUGAAGCUCGUUUUGAAGAAGGAUGUGCUCCGCAUGCACAGGCAGAACCUUGAAAAUAUCAAAUCUAUCCUCUCUUUGCUUCAACAGGCUCAUCACAGUGUUUCUCUGUAUGAAAUAGCUGCGAAGUUCAGUAAAGAAGAUGCCUUAACACAGGGGCAAGCUCUUACUGUCAGCGAAGAAUCACAGCAUGAACCACAAAAGACAUACUACCAGGUGGCACGUAAAGCAGGGCGUGUUCAAGACGACAAUAAGCGAGAAUUCCGCAUUCGCACACCGCUGAUACUGGUCGAUAAGCUGUGGACUAUAAGCACAAAGAGCGCAUUUUCUAGCUGGGGAUUUAAUAUCCAGGUGAAUAAUGUCAUACCACGCGACUCUCCAGUCAUGAUGCAUUGUUCGAAGGGCGAGAUCGCUGAGGUCCAGAGACUCUUUUCAGCUGGUCUGGCCUCGCCUUUUGACUGUGAUCCUCAUGGCUAUUUCCUGCUUCAUAUUGCUGCUGGCAGUAAAAACCUUGAUAUGUGUCGCUUUCUCUUGCAGGCCGGCGCUGACCCAGGCUGUAGAGGUAACUUGGGUACCUGUAUUAGACUUAUUGAUUUGGCGCUUAUGAGGAAACCAGAACGGAGGAAAGGCCUAAUGCUCGACUUAUACAAGUUAUUUAUCGCCUAUGCCGAAGAGGAGUUUUUCGAUAAUUUUUGGCGACGGCCUAAUGGGGUGGCUGAAAUAGGAUUUAACGGGCCAGCUGAAGCCCUCAGCCUUAUCCAGAGCCAUCACUUUGAACGAUACUCAGAACUGCCGCUGAAGCUACGCUGGAAACGAGCAAUGGCUGUGAGCCCCUGGGUUGGGGAUUCAACGCCACUGGCCAUUCGAAUUGCUUUGGGCGGCGGUGAUAGCAUUGAUCCUGCCGCCUUCUGUAUGGAGACAGAUGACGGGGAGACACUUCUGCAUAGAAUAGCACAAGGCAUGGCAUAUUCCCACGCAGUGAAACGGAUUGAUGAUAUUGCUGAAUGGCGUCUGCUGUUAGCGGAGGCCGUAUCAGCAUCAACCAAUCUCUCCCAACUGGAACGCUGGGGUAAGGUUGCGCUGGGUUCUCUAUAUUGGUUUUCAUAUAGGUUUGUUGCUGAACUUUCUAUAAAUGUUAUACGAUGGCCCAAACCCUUGGAUGACAUUCUCUGGAUUUGGUUAUCGGAGUUGAAGCACGCUGGCGUUGACUUAGAAGCCUACGGGGCCAACCAACAGGCCUUGUUCAAGUUCGGUGAUAUUUUUUUGUAUCUUCCUGUUCGGACUGGUCGUGGGACCAAACUUCAGAGGAAUGAUGCGAUGUUAGGAAGGGUUUUGGGUCUGGAAUACGGCCCCGAACCAGAGGACUGGCAUAUCUUUAUAACAAAUCCGGUGGACGAAUUUGUCGGGGAAUUUUGGGAAUCAGUCCAAAGGAGUUUGGAAGUGAUGCCGGGGACAUGGGUUGAUUAG